CUCCGACAAAACGUGUAUGCAUACAAAUAAUUAUUUACAAAAUUGGAUAGUGAAGUCAACAAUAAUUCGAAAUGUUCGAUAUUUGAAAUUGAUGUAUCGAAAGUAACAAUCGAUACAACCCACGCAAAGUUGCUGUCUCGCAGCCAUCACCGAAAUUGUAGCUUUCCUUUAAAGCAUCGGAAGUUGGAUGUACAUACAAUGUCGGAACAUGACGAUACUUUAUUGGACGAGGAUCUUGGAGAUGAUGAAUAUGAUCUAGGCAAUGAUGAAGAAGAAGCUCUUUUAGCAGAUGACUAUGAACCGGAGAGGCAGAAUAGCUAUAAGGGAGAAGAGGAGACAGAUGAUGUACUGGACUUAGGAGUUACCGACGGACUCGACGACUUAGAUGGCGAAGAUGAAAAUAUAGAAUUUAGUAGAAGCAAAACCGAUAGACGCGAUGAUAAUGAUUUUUACGAGGACGAAGAUCAGCUACAGGUUCAAUCAAAAUAUUAUGAGCAAGAUGAAAUUAACGAAUACAAAAGCGAACAAGCGCGUCAACACGAUGAACAUUCUACGGUGGAUAGCGUUAAUGUUUCAAGUAACAUUGGAAAGGGGGAUUUGCGAGAGAAGUUGCAAAAGAAUGCAAAAAUCUAUGCUGGAAAUGGACAAGGUUUGGAAGACGAUGAAUGCGAAGAAGCCAAGGAAAGACGGAAUAGAUUUCAAAAUGAAAGAACCAUAGUUUCUCCAAAAAUGAACAGUAACAUACCAGAAACUUUAGAAAACGUGGUAACAUCCGAACGUUCGUUCAGAGGCCGAGGAAGAGGUCGAAGCACAAGAGGAAGUCGGGGUGGAAGAUUUAACACACAGAAUUCCGGAAAUUUUAAUCUAAGGUUUAAUAAUGCACGUAGCACAAACUUUGAUGGUCAGCCAGCAGUAUGCAGACCUCCACUGUUUGAAACGAGACCGCCAUUUCUUCUUGGAGUAGCGAACAACAUGCAGAAUCAACAGAUUAUUUAUCAGCAACCAAAUUCUCAAGUACAAUCUUUCCAACACUAUUCUACGAAUGGUCCACUUCCUCCAGGUCCAGCACACUUUGUAGACAACAGACCACAAUUGAAUCCUAAUCAAUUUCAAGGUCAAGUAGGUCCUAGAGUAGUCGGGCCGAGGUUAGAUUAUGGACCUCGUGGUGGUUUGGCAGGAUCGCUGCAAGGGCCAGGACCAUCUUAUAAUCAUCCUUCUAAUCAACCACCAUACGUCCAAAUUCAACCAGGACCGUUUCAAAACUCGAGCGUGCUUAUACAAGAUAAUCAACCGCGACUGAUGCAAAAUAAUCAAGGUUCCUUGUUGCAAGGAAAUGCUGGAGGAUCGCUUCUUGGAAAUCUUAAUUCAGUGGUACCUGGUACAUCGGCACCAUUGUUACAAGGUGGAAAUCAGCCAUUACCGAUGCAAGGAUUCCCACGACAAACUUCUACCCAAGGACCACCACCACUUAUCAAUCAUCAAAACGUGCAAAUAUCAAAUCAAUCAUCGUUUGAAAAUAGAGCGCCAUUUCAAGAACCUACGUUUGAAAAUCGAUCCGUUUACGAUUCAAGACCCGGCUAUUCUGAUCAAGUACCUACUAGCCAAUUUAAUACUAAUACGUUACCUGUACCUCAACAGUCCGCUUCCAAUGUACCCAAUGUACCUUUACCUCCAGGGCACAAGAUUUUAAUCAAUCCUCAUUUUCGAGGAUCUGUUCAGUCAACAAACGAUGCAAGACUCAUAUGGGAUUCCACCCAACAACAACAACAAUCGUCUUUGUCGUCUCAAAUUCCUGGUAGUCAAUUUCCGCAAUCCGUUAUCCCUUAUCAGAAUCAAAGUUCGUAUAAUCAGACUCAACAAGGAUCAUCGCAGUAUCAACAAAAUUAUCAACAAAAUAAGAACGAUGACCCAUAUGCGUACUUUUCGGAUGUGUGGCAAGAAAACAAACCUCAAAAAAGUCAGAAUGCAGUUUCGAAUAAACAGUAUCCUACAGACAGUAAUUAUUCACGGGAAAAUAACUAUGAAUACAGCCCAAAGUAUAAAUCAGAUCAGUGGGAUCAAAAAAACAAUUAUCAGGAUGACCACAGAGGAGUUCAUCAAAAUUAUCGUGAUCGAGAUAUGUUAUCCAAAACCAGGAACGAUCAUGUUUCUAGAAGUAGAGCUCCUUCGUCAAAUACAUAUCGUGAUAAUUACGACCAAAAUCAUGUACAAAAAUCAAAUAACAGAUCUGCAAAUACACCGAUAAGAUCUAGAGUGCCACAGAAAAGAACUUCGGACUCGAUAGAUAGACCUUUGCGAGAUCUGAGUCCAAAGCGAAUAAAACCUAGCAAUAGAAAUCUCCAGGAAGUCCGAACAGUAGAAACAUUGAAUACUGUGGACAGUGAAAAAAAAGACGAAGAAAAUGAUCCGGAAAUGCAAGAAUAUAGGAAAAAGAUGGAAGAACAAAAGCGGCUUAGAGAAAAGAUUUUGCGCGAAAAAGAAAAUAGGCGAAAAAUGGCUGCAAUGGAAAAACAAAAUGAAGAAGCGAAAAACGAAAGCAGUACAUCUGGUGAAAGUAUGCAAGAUAUGAAACCUAUGUCAGUACUUAUGGGAGUUGCAAAAGAUACUUCUGUAAAUAAAGGACAAAGCAAUAUUGGUAGAGGACGUGGUCGUUCAAUGAAUACACAACCUACAGAGGCUAUGGAGAAACCAUCAUGCAUACGAAUUGUUAGAACAAUACAGACUGUACAGUCCAAUGAUUCUGCAGAUUCUGCAAAGGAUGGUAAUACUGGACAUGUGAUUAAUCAAGUCAGUGAACAUGUAAAAGUUUUAAAUUCUCAGCCUGGAGCUAGAAGAAUUGUAAUUCAAAAACCAUUAUCAAAUACACAAAAAGUUGCUACCAGCAUACAAAAAACAGUAUCAAAUUUACAAAAAGGACAACAAAUAAUACAAAAUAAAGUAAUGAAUACUACGCAGUGUACAACUCAAAAAGUUGGACAGAAUCAGACUGAUGUAUUGAAAAAAUUGAUAAAUACAGGACAAAGAAUUGGUGGUAAUCCGCAAAGAAUUGUUAAGCAAAAAUCGUCAGGAAAUCUGCAGAAAAAUAUAAUCAAUGUGCAAGAAGUAACUAACGCACAAAAAGUUUUUGUUAAUACACAGAACAAUCAAAGAGUUGUCCUUCAGAAAGCAUCAAUUCAGCAAAAGAAAAUACCAGAAAUAAAGACAAAUAUCGUGAGAGUAGAAAAUUUAGCAGCAAGUACGUCUGAAGCACAAAUUAGACGCAUGUGUCAAAGCAUCGGGACAAUUGAGAGCAUACAAAUGGGCGAGCGUAGCGCAACGAUUGUGUUUAAGACGCAGUCCGCUGCGAUGGUGUUUCACAAAAAAUACCAACGUAAAAUGCUAGACCUAUCGCUGAUAACGGUUCGUCUUGUACCGCAAUCGAGCGGAACUAAGUCCACAACUGCAAUUGUAAAAGUUUCUUAAAAAAAAAAAUACCAAAUACAUCUACUCUAAUGUACCACCACAAAAGGAUAAUCAUAUAUAUAUAUA